GACUUUACAAGGAAACCAAAUCAUGGUCUGCAGUAUCAGUAUUAAGGAGACGGAAGUGAGCUGAUCACUAAGAGAAAUAAUUGUCUACUGGAUAGAAAAAAUAUCGAACUCAGUAAGUGAUGUUUUGCUUAUGAUCUGAGUCGCCUUGGAAUGAAAAUAAAGAUAAUAUUAAGGUGAAAUUCGACGAGACUGUAAAAGCAAGAUAAAUAUAUGUGACAAUAGAUGAAAUGACAACAGAUACGAAGCAGAUUCCCGCCAACCGAACACGCGCGAUGCGACUGAAACCUCUCUUCUCUGUCCUGGCCUUCCUGCUCGUCGCCCACGCUAAGGAGGAAGGCACGCCCAUUUUGAAACACGUCAGCCACAUGACAGAAAAGGAACUCAGUCAGCACGUGAGAAAGGUCCAGCUGACGCCUCCCAUGGGCACGUCGACAUACCACCUGUCCCGCCUCGUGGCUGACGAGAAUCGGGCGGCGACCAGGUUGAAGACUCUCGCAAACGUCAUGUUCACCGCCCUCGACGUGACCAAUAGGUACUUGUCGUCCUGGGAGGAGCUCGUGGGCGCGGGCGUGGAAGCAGAAGGCUUCGCGAGCCAUCCCCUGCACGCCUACGCCCUCACCAAGCACGUGAGUCUGGGCUGGCCGCACGUGGAGGCUUCCUUACGUGCUCUGAGCCACCUUUCGCAAGACUUGGAGUGGCUGUUGUCCCGGAGCGAGAAGCGCGGCGUUCCCACGGGCGAGGACCUGGCCACGGUCGCGGGCGGGAUGGCCAGGCUGCACGACUACUACAGCCUCAACCUCUCCGCCCUCGCCCACGCCCAGCUCGUCUCGGCGAUCGACGCCCGCCCGGUCGCCGCAAAGAUCGCGCCGACAGCGCUCGACCUGCACCGCAUCGGCUCCGCUGCCGUGUCACACAACGUCCUGAACUCCGGCGUGGACUUCCUGCGGGCCGCCCUGGACCGCUGGGACGGCAACGCCUCCUCCGCCAGGAGUUCGGACACCUUCGACGCCCAUCGGGAGCUGCGACAAAUUGACCUGUCUUUCAGGAGAGCCGUUAAAAUACAUGACCAGGUUUUAGAGAAGAAAGGUCCGCGGUCCGACCUUCACAGCACCUACAUGAGACCCUUUAACAAGACAUUAGCGAGGAAGAAGAAGUACCACAAGAAAGAGGAACUUGUCUUGGGCGUGAAGGGAAGCAAGGGGCAGGGAAUGAAGCAGUAUCUUCGUUUGUGUCGCGGUGAGGAUCUGCGGCCAGUCUCCACAACCUCCCGCCUGUCCUGCCGCUACGUGACCAACGGCUCGCCGCUCUACAGGAUCGGGCCGCUGAGGAUGGAGGUCCUGUCGCUGGACCCGUACGUGGUGACGCUGGAGGAGGUGGUGACGCCCUCCGAGUCCGCCGACCUGGUCCUCGCCAGCGCUGGGUACUUGACCAGGUCCUCCACCGUGAGGGCGAACGGCAGCUCCGCAGAGGAUUUCAAAAGGACCAGUUCCACAGCCUGGAUGCUGGACAAGGACAUCCCCAUCCUGCCUGUCCUAACGAAACGCAUUGAACAGGCGGUGGGAGUGAACGCUCAGCUCUUCGACGGAGCGGAAAUAUACCAGAUACUGAAUUAUGGCGUGGGAGGACACUACACUGUUCACCAUGACGCUUUCGUGUAUCCUCGCAUGGCAACGUUUCUCAUAUAUCUGACAACCGUUCCACAAGGUGGGCGCACGGUGUUCCCCUGGGUAGGCGCGGGCGUGCAACCCAAGCGUGGUUCGGCGCUCCUCUGGUUCAACAUGGACCGCGCGGGAAAACCGGACUCACGACUGCAACAUGGCGCCUGCCCGGUCCUCUUGGGAGACAAAUGGGUGAUUAACAAAUGGCUGUACUACACGGGGCAGCAGAAGACCCUGCCUUGUAUCCCUGGCAACCCCGGGGCCACGGUCAGCCAGCCGCUGUACUUCGUGUUAGUACUGGUGAUCCGCGUAUCUUCUGGAAGGAUACCUGAAGAAACUCGACACCUGAGGAAGGCUCAGUACACGCCGCCCUUGAGUACUUCGACUUACCACCUCUCAUACCUCGCGAGGGAUGAGAUUCGCGCGACGGCCAAAUUGCAGGACCUGGCCGAGGCCUUGUCCGCUGCUCUCGACGUGCUCAACAGAUACUUGUCGUCCUGGGAGGAGCUCGUGGGCGCGGGCGUGGAGGCAGAAGGCUUCGCGAGCCAUCCCCUGCACGCCUACGCCCUCACCAAGCACGUGAGUCUGGGCUGGCCGCACGUGGAGGCUUCCUUACGUGCUCUCAGUAACCGCUCCCAAGCUAUAGGUGACAUAGACCAUAUGAUAUAUCUUCAAAUCUUCAGCUACAUCCGCCUCUCUACUAGAGCCUCUGUCUCUCCCUUUAUCUUCCCAACCGUCUCUUUACUUUGGACAGACUUUCUCCUGGGGCGCACGAGGACCCGGGGCGUCCCCACGGGCGAGGACCUGGCCACGGUGGCGGGCGGGUUGGCCAGGCUGCACGACUACUACAGCCUCAACCUCACCGCCCUCGCCCACGCCCAGCUCGUCUCGGCGAUCGACGCCCACCCGGUCCCCGUUGGAAUCACGCCCACAGCGCUCGACCUGCACCGCAUCGGCUCCGCUGCCGUGUCUCACAACGUCCUGAACUCCGGCGUGGACUUCCUGCGGGCCGCCCUGGACCGCUGGGACGGCAACGCCUCCUCCGCCAGGAGCUUAGAUGUUUUUGACGCGCGCGUAGAUCUUGACGACGUUGUGAAGACCUUCAAGAAAGCCACGAAAAUUCACGACCAGCUCCUCGAGAAGAAGGGCUCUCGCUCCAAACUGCACAGCACACACGCCUCGCCCCUCAACAAGACGCUGGCGAGGAAGAAGAAGUACCACAAGAAAGAGGAGGUCCACCUUGGCAACCUCGGGGCCGAAACGCAGGGCAUGAAGCAGUAUUUGCGUCUGUGUCGUGGCGAGGAUCUCAGGCGUGGUGACGCUGGAGGAGGUGGUGACGCCUCUCCGAGGCCGCCCCUGGUCAGAUCGAGCGCAGGAUUCCUGGAGAGGUCGGCCACCAUCAGGACCAACGGCGGACCACUGGAGAGCUUCAUUAGGACGAGCUCUACGGCUUGGUUGCCGGAUAAUGGUCGUUCUGUCCUGUCUGUUCUCACGCACCGCAUCGAACAGCUGAUUGGUGUCAACGCGCGGGAUGGCGAGGGUGCGGAAGUCUUCCAGGCGGUGAACUACGGCGUCGGCGGCCACUUCAGCGUCCACCACGACCACGUCCACCUGGGCCUCGUGAAGGACCGGAUGCUGACGUUCCUGAUGUAUCUCACGGACGUCCCCCAAGGUGGGAGAACCGUGUUCCCGUGGGUGGGCGCGGGCGUGCGUCCUAAACGUGGUUCUACACUCCUGUGGUACAACAUGAACCGCGCGGGAGUACCAGACCUCAGGGUUCAACACGGCGCUUGUCCGGUGCUUGUGGGAGAUAAAUGGGUGAUGAACAAAUGGAUAAACUACGGCGGGCAGUUCCACACUCUUCCCUGUAUCCCUGGAGACCCAUCCGCUGCUGUCCUGCGGCCCUUGGACUGAUUACCUCGUGUCUGGUCCUUUAUCAGUCAACGAGUUUUCGAAACUGUAACUUUAGGAAGGAUGUGUCGGCUGUGAUAAUUUUUUUAUGUGUGCUUGCUAAGGUUUAUAUGAUAUAUUGCGGUGGUUUAUAACA